AUGGUUAUCUCAUACGAUAUAUCAAAUUUCAAGAGUACAUUAUUAACAGCAGUGCUCACUGUUGUUUUUCUUAGUUUAGGAAUUAUCCCACUCUCCAGAAUUAUCUAUAACAUAUACCUCCACCCCCUUUGUAACUAUCCUGGUCCCAAGCUUUACGCUGCUACGGGUCUUGCUCACUCAAGAAUGGUCCUCAGCGGCAGGGCACAUAAGAAACUCGAAGAGCUACAUAAGCAAUAUGGCCCUGUUGUCAGGAUCGGCCCAAACAUUAUAGACUGGGCUGAUCCACGCGCUUUCAAGGACUUAAUGGGGCACAGUAGGGGAAGCAGUACGGAGAACUACAGGGACCCUAUCAAGGCUGGUGGUAAGCCGUAUGGUAUUAUAUACGCCAACCGAGAAGACCACGCUCGUAUCCGGCGGGUUCUCGCGCAUGGCUUCUCUGCCCAGAGCAUGGUUAAGCAGCAACCCCUGAUCCAGAACCAGAUUAACCUAUUGAUCCAACGUCUUCAUGAAAACUGCGAGAAUGGAAAGAGGGCUUUGAACAUGGUUGCCUGGUAUAACUUUGCAACGUUUGAUAUUAUGGGAGACCUGGCCUUUGGUGAGCCGUUUGGCUGCCUAGAAAGAUCAGACUAUCACCCUUGGGUCUCAUCCAUCUUUGACAGCCUCCAUGCAAGGGUUUACAGAAAUGCAUUCAAGCAGUUCUGGAUUACCAGUCAGCUCACAAAGUGGCUAAUUCCAGAAAAUUUAAAGCAGAAGGAAAACCUUCAUCAACAACUUAGUAAGGAUAAGAUACAAAGACGCAUAGCUUCAAGUGAAUCAAGACCGGAUUUUAUUCAGUCUAUGAUGAUGAGGGAGGGUGCUCUAGCUAUGUCAAAGCUGGAGAUCGAAGCAACAGCUGAUACCUUGAUUAUUGGUGGCUCAGAGACUACAGGAACUGUGCUCUCAGGUGCUACUUUCUUCCUAAUGACCCAUCCCGAUGCUAUGGCAAGAGUUGCCAAGGAAGUCCGCUCGUCCUUUAGCGCAGAACAAGAAAUUGAUAUUCUUAGUGUGCAAAAGCUACAGUACAUGCUAGCAGCCUUGGAUGAAACUAUGCGGCUUUAUCCCGUUUUACCAACAGGAAUCAGUCGAAUUAUUAAGCCUGGAGGAGACUAUAUAUGUGAGAAAUUUGUGCCAGAAGGUACCAGGGUCAUGAUCUCUCAAUGGCCUAUGUAUCGCGACAAGAAGCGCUUCGUCCAGCCAGACGACUUUAUACCUGAGCGAUUCCUUGACGAUCCGAAAUUCAAAGACGAAGACAAAGGUGCUCUUCAACCCUUUGGCUACGGGCCUCGCAACUGCAUUGGUCGGAACCUGGCAAUAGCUGAAAUGAGAGUCAUCCUCGCCCGAGUAAUCUGGAACUUCGACCUACAGAUUGCAGAGGACAGUAGAAAUUGGUUGGAACAGGACCUGUAUGGCAUUUGGAAAAAGGGUCCUUUGAACGUGCGCUUGAUACCCAGGAAGGGGACUUAA